CUCAAUACCCUUUUUCUUCAAAUGACGCCGCGCGUAUGUAUAGGAUGUAGAGGAAGAACAUCACUCCGUUCAGACUGAAACUAUUUCGGCUCAGCAUCACACAGAACCGUCGUCAACAAAUUCUAGACGGAAAACUGAAACUUUAGGCUAAAGCUUGAGGUGCGCGGAGGCUCUUGGUGGUAGAAAUGGCGGCGUGGAGUAAUGUGCUCCGCCAGGUAGACUUACAAAGCGACCCGAACCGGGUAAUUUCUAUGUUCCGGGCCAUCCAGAAGGUGGCAUACGACAGCCCAGUUUUGGAUCCUUACGCUUAUGCAUCUUUGAUCAAGGCUUGCAACAAGCUAAAGUAUGCCAACGGAGGGAAAUCGGUGCAUGGUCGUGCUGUGAAGCUUGGAUACGAUGGCAGUUUGAGCGUUCGGAAUAGCUUGAUUCAUCUCUAUGCGGGUUCCGAGAUUCUGAACUAUGCACGGGUACUGUUCGAUGGAAUGCCCGAGAGAAAUGUUGUUACGGUUAAUGGUAUGCUUUCUGGGUUUCUGAAGAACAAUAGAUUCGUUGAAGGUUUGCGUUUGUUUCAUGAAGCUUUUGGUGAGGGGUUGAAGCCAAAUCAUGUGACUUUGGUAGUUCUGAUCUCUGGAUGCGUAGAAGCUGGGAGAUACAGACUAGGGAUGCUGCUUCAUUCUUUCUGCUGCAAGAGCUGUCUCGAUUCGGCAGUUGAAGUUGGCAAUGCUCUGCUUGAUUUCUAUGCGAAAUUCGGAUUCAUGAAUGAUGCAGUGAGGUUGUUUAGCAAUAUGUUGAACAAGGAUUUGGUUUCGUGGAACACCAUGGUUGCAGGGUAUGCAAAGAACGGUGGUAAUUUGGGACAGGCUUUCUCUUUGUUUAGAGAAAUGAGAAAUGGAUAUGCAGGUUACGACAGGGUUUCAUUGGUUAACUUAGCAUUGGCCUGUGCUAAUGGUAGAGAUCUUGUGAGGGGGAAGAUGGUUCAUGGGCAUGUAGUAGUAGCAACUGGAGCAGAUACCAGUCUCAGUCUCUCUGUAGGUACUGUGUUCAUUAACAUGUACUCAAAAUGUGGUUUCAUGGAAUACGCUAGGAGAAUCUUUCGCAAGCUGCCAGACGAAAAUGUCGCCUCCUGGAACUCGAUGAUUCACGGGUGUGUCGAAAGAGGGCAAAACAGUGAAGCUUUGGCCCUAUUUGAUUCUAUGAAAUCCAGAAGGAUGGUCAGGGCAGAUGAGGUAACAAUGCUGGGACUAAUCUCUGCAUGUCGUAAUUCUGGACAACUGAGUCGUGGCACUGAGAUUCACUUGUAUAUUGACGCCAUUGAUCAUCUCGGUAAAAGCCUUGUCUUGCAAAAUGCUCUGAUUGACAUGUAUGCAAAAUGCGGGAUCAUGGAUCGAGCUCGAUUAGUGUUUGACAAAAUGCCCCAAAAGGACGUGAUAUCUUGGACGACGCUCAUUGUAGGUCAUGCCAUUAAUGGCGAAGGUGAAGAAGCACUCCUUGCUUUCAGCCAUAUGCGUGCUGAAGGAAUCAACCCAAAUUUUGUGACGUUCAUUGGGGUUCUAUCAGCGUGUGACCAUUCUGGCCUGGUAGAUGUGGGAAUGCUGGAAGAAGCCAAGAGGUUCAUGGAGAAGAUGUCCAUGGAGCCGAAUGGAGUUGUUUGGAGGAUGCUUGUAAAUGCCUGCAGGGUUCAUGGUGAUAGUAGACUAGGUUUGAGUUCAGUGGAUAAGCUCAUGGAAGCAAAUAAGUCGAGCGUCAUGGCCACUGAGGAUCGUGUUCUUUGUGCUAAUGUAUUUGCUGAGACAGAGAAAUGGAAUGAGGUUCUGCAUGAAAGGACCAUAAUUGUGAGCCAGAAAGAUCCCAAAGUAGCAGGCAUAAGCUCCAUUUGGACUCAAUAGAUUCUUCAACACAACAUUCUUUUCACAGCAAAUAAUAGCCCUGGAUGAAACAUGUCGAAACAAACGACGGUGUAUGGA